AUGGCUGUCCGCGUCUCUUACAAGUAUUGGCACCCGUCUGAUACUGACGUCCAACCUUGGCAGAUUGUUGGCCUCUGCAACGGCGCCCGUGGUACCGUUUCCGACAUCGGCUGGGCACCUGGGACUGACCUCGUCCAAGACCCUCGCUGUGUUAUCAUGAUGGAGUUUGACAAGUAUAGCGGACCGGUGUUCUUAACCACCGCUGAUGGCCGCAAGAUUGUCCCGAUUCUCCCAGUAGAGAGGGACUUUCUCUUCGGAGCCCCUUGUUGCACUCGCACCCAGUUUUCCCUGAUCGUAUGCUCCGUUCACAAGUCGCAAAGCAUUACUGAAGACGUGAUCGUUACGGAUCUCUCCUGCCGGGACUUUCAGACUGGUCUCAGCUACGUAGCUGUCUCUCGUGUGAAAACUCUGCAGGGCCUGAUGUUGGAUGCGCAUUUGAUCCUAGUCAUCUGUUUUAUGAGUCUCCCCCGGAUGGUAUGA